UAACUUUAGCUUGUAUUUAUAUUUUAUAGACAGAUAUUUUAUAUAAUGCGUUUUAAGAAAUUUAUUAUAGAAUUUAAUUGUUAGUGUUUUAACUUUGAGAAAUUAUGUGACUAUGUUUUAUUUAAAGAUAUAUAGCAGUAAAUUGUGAAGUUAAAAGGUGGAAGAUAGUGUUUUUAAGUGUUGUAUUUGUUGAGUAUAUUAGAGUUAAAAGAAAGCUCCAGGAGUUUAGAUGCUGCCGUCUAUGCCAAUAUUAUUUACGAGAGAAAGUCGAGAUGGAUUUGGGAAUAAAAUCGAACCGAGCAAUUGUUUUUUCGGUCAAAGUUCUGUUUCGAAAACCGCCAUUGUACCAGAAGUACCUGUACAGAAGAUUAUUCAAAAGGAAGUAAAGGCAACAAAUAAGGACUCAGAACAAAAAGAAACUACCACAACCAAAAAGAAUGAGCCACCAAAAUUAGAUAAAAAUGCAUUGGAAAAAGCUCUAGUACGGUCAUAUUACAGAAAAGUCCAGUUAAGAUUCACCUCAAAUUCCUCGCCUGCAAAUAAGUUUCCACAAUUCCAAGAACUAUUGAAAAAAUUCGACCCAACGAAGGAAACUCCGGUCGAUUUGUACAGACAAGUAGAACAGUUAUUCGGUGAUGAACAUAAAGAUAUCGUUGAAGAGUUUUUAUUAUUUUUAAAGCCGGGACAGGCAGCUGAAGUUGGCAGGUUUAUGGAUCACUUUGUGAUCGUACAAAUGACUAAUUUCAUUAAUGAAUUACGGAUAACAUUAGCUAGAAAACCUACCGUGCUUCGUAAAAUAUUACGUGAAAUGACAAACGGUGUAAACUGUGGUACCAGUGAGAGUAUGAAAAGUCGUAUCUUACCACAUCUACGUUCAAAUCCACGUUUAAUACAGAUGUUUAAAUCACUCUUCCCCGAUGAAAGACCUCCAGACAGUAUAUAUGAGAACAGCACAGCUGUAUUAGAUGAAAAGUUUCUAACGGAAGAUAAGGGAUAUGAUGUCUGGGAAUUUGAAGAUGAAAACGACAGCAAGCGGAAAUUGGAGGCUAAACAGAAUUUAGACACAAUGUACAUUCAAGAGAGGGUAUUCCUGCAACACGGUAGAUUGUUACGACCUGCCUCAGUUACUUACCCAUACAGUAAAGAACCGUACAGAGUGCACGCGAGACGCCUCGCCCCUGCCCAUUGUCACCUCUCACCACCAGAGUCUGACGACGAAAGGUCCUCUCCGAAAAGAAACAGCAAAAACACGUGUAAAAUCCCAUCAAAAAGACCUAAAAAGCAACUUAAAUCGCCCACAAAAAAUAUCAAAGAUGUAAACGAUAAUACGAAACAUAAAGAUUGUACCGUUACUUUAAACAAAUCAGUUAAAGGUAAAGGUGUCACAAAAAACAAAAACGCUAAAGAGAAAAAAGAUUCAGAAACUAAAGAGAGUAAAAGAGACAAAAAAGAGAAAGUAGAUGUAAAAAUGACGAAUCCAAAGAGAGAUGAGACGGCUAAAGUGAAACAAGCAAAAACAGAAGUACCAACAGUUAAAUUUGAAGCUAAAAGUUUGACGAAAAAUGAAGACAAGGUUAUAUCUAAAGUAAACAUAGACACGGCAAUUAAAUUAGAAAAUAAGACUUUGACAAGAGAUGAAGUUAAAAUCACAAUGCACAAAGCAAAAAUAGAUACGGCAUCAGUUAAAAUUGAAUCUAAAAGUUGGACGAGAGAUGAAGAUAAGACAAUGUUGCAAGUACUGAAAGGAGAAGCCGGGUCUGAACAAGUGUUUGGUCGGAUAAGGCAGCUGUUGCCGCACCGCUCCGCCACAGAGAUAAAAGAAAGAUUUUGCCACGUCAUGAACUUGUUGCAACAAAUGGCGGUGAGCGAAGUCACGUAGUUAACUAUGACUGAAAUUUUAUUAUUUAUAAGCAGAAAUAAUGUAAUUUUUUUAAUAAAUG